AGCACACUAUCGUUCACUGUCUGGAGUGUUCACAGCCAGUAAUUUCUAAGCUGGCAAAAUGUUCCAGACAAUCAAAGUUCACCAACGAUAGACCUCACAACAAGACAAUGAAUCACAACACCUCACCAAGAGUGGCGUAACUAAAAUGCACCAUCUUAGUUAUUGUUUUCACAGCAUCAGAAACAUCAGCCUGUGUUUCAGCAAUUUAGCGGUAAGGAGGCGGCUAAACAUCAUCUGCAUGUUACACAGCUACUCAGGGCCCUCAGGCCUCCAACAGAAUGACGUGGUUGAGCAGCGCAUCAGGUGGACUUACCAGCAGUGGAGAGAAGGAUUCACCAAGAAUCUCUGAGAUCGAAGUGGUGCAGAAUGACCCGAACAGGAGCUGGCUCAUACCUUUGUACUACUAAUCUCUCUGGCAGCACUGGCAUUAUGGCUCUGUGGUUCCAAGUUUUCUCUCUGCUCGCCCUGCUUGUCCUGUCUUCUCCACCCGUGACUAAUGCUGCAGCCAAUCAGCAUCUCUGCGGGUCUCACUUGGUGGAAGCUCUGUAUCUAGUCUGUGGAGAAAAGGGCUUCUUCUACAACCCCAACAAAGCCAAGAGAGACAUGGAACCAGUAUUGGGUUUCCUCACUGGAAAAUCUGGACAGGAGAAUGAAGUGGACGAAUAUCAAUUCAAGCAACAAGGAGAGAUGAAAGUGAAGCGAGGCAUAGUUGAACAGUGCUGCCACAAGCCUUGCACCAUAUAUGAACUGGAAAAUUACUGCAAUUAAAGCCAAGUGAUUACCAUCGCUCCGCUAAGUUAAUGUGAUUUAAAAUAUCCAUUUGUUGUUAAUUAGGCAUUAUUCAGAAACAUUAAAGAUGGACUUCAGUUUUUAAAAAAAAAUAUAUUGUGACAGCAUUAUUGAAUGAAUUUCCAACUGCUACAAUACUGUUAGCUGGCUUUAAACCUUUUGUCUUAACACUAAAUUAAACCAUGUACAUGUAUCCCCCCCAAACAAGACUCCUAGAAACAGCUUGCUCAUGGCUUGACAGAAAAAGAAAGAUCCCUGAAAAGUUUUGCAUCAAGACUUUAAUCUUUGGCAACUUCAAUUUCUAGAUCCAAGAUACAAUGGCAUGAACAACAAGUCAAUGGAUUGGUUAAAACAUUAGCAUUCCACCAAACAAUAUUCUACUCUAUAGUAUAGUAUAUAAUGGAAUAUUUUUUGCACUUUGUGAUGUACAGUAAACAACUAAAGAGGAUACCUAAAAUCUAUAUUCAGAAUUAAAUAUGAUGCACAUAUUUGUAUGGGGAACAAGGUGUAUUAGUAUUAGCUAUAUGGGGAACAUAACACUUUUUAUCGCAAAUGAUGCCAUUAUGUUUUUCAGGGAGUUAAAAAUCCCAAAUCUUAGUACUGCACUGCUUUGCAUUACAGACAGAACACUCUUUUCCAAGACUUUGUGGAAAAAAAGUAAAUACAUGUUUAUAAGAAUCCAUAAGAAUUAUCUGAAUUUAAAACACAUUUCUAACCUUUUAAUUAAAUCUUAAACCAUCUGGGUGUUUUUUAUAAUUUAUAGCAAGACAGGGGGAGUUAGAAGUAAGAGCAAUAAAUAUUUAAAAGAAAAUAAAAUUCAGAUUAUUCCCGACACCAACUUGAUAAAAUACAGUAUAAAGUAAAAUAGUUUAGUAAAACUUUGUCAACCAAGAGAUACAAAAGAGGGAUAACAGCUUCUUUAAUCGUCCAUUAACACUUUGGUGGCGGAAAAAUGAACAGAAAAUAAUUUAAAAUCUAUUUACAACACUAGCAAACUAAACCCAAAACACUGUCUACAGGAAGUGUAUCUUGGUGCAGCAUUUUACAAAACCAGUACUUUACCACCAAGGUCACACAAUGACAGACAUAUCCCACACCAUUCAAAGUGGAAACAAAAAUGAGAAAAGGAUUAAUUCUCAGCCAAAAAUGCCCUUCCUCUUAAUCUCGGAGCCCAAACCAGCCCAUGGGCAGCUGCAGUUCCGCUAAUAUAAGCC